GACCGGUGCGCAGUGGACACGGCGCGGUUUCUUCGGAAUAGAAACGUCUUCAAUUUUGUUUUGUGCCUUUCUUUUUCUUUUUUCUUUUUUACUGCGUCAUCUCGCCUCUUCGGCUCAAAACUCGCCUUUCAUCUGCAGCAGUUUCCUAAAACGCCGGCAGCGCCAAUUUAGCGCAUUUAAUCCGUGGUUGUGUCGCAGAAAUCAGAUUAUUGGGCAGGUAAACUGGAUUCUGACGUAGAGGGCUUAAACCCCGACGGGGAAGCGGAGGAGCGUCGCGGCCGGAAGCAGCGGUUCAGGAGGUGUGCAGCUCAGCCAGGCUCCUCCUUUUCGCCUCUUUUUAAGAGCUGGACAUGACUCCGGGAUAAAUCUCUGCGGGCGGCUGAGCGGAACGGAGGACCGGCUGGAACAUGGCUUCGUAUCUGCAGAUCGCAGAUGAUGAGAAAGGACAUGAUCUAGACCUGUUCUGUGUGCCCAGACAUUAUGAGAGCGAUCUGGACAAGGUGAUCAUCCCCCACGGACUCAUCAUGGACAGGACGGAGCGUCUGGCGCGUGACAUAAUCCAGGACAUGGGGGGACACCACAUCGUGGCUCUGUGUGUGCUGAAGGGGGGCUACAAGUUCUUUGCAGACCUCCUGGACUACAUUAAAGUGCUCAACCACAACAGCGAUAAAUCAGUCCCGCUGACGGUGGAUUUCAUUAGAGUGAAGAGCUACUGUAAUGAUAAGUCAACAAACAGUGUUAGAGUGAUAGGAGGAGAUGAGCUUUCCAACCUAUCAGGGAAGAACGUUUUAAUCGUUGAGGACAUCGUAGAGACUGGAAGGACGAUGCAGACGUUACUUUCCCUGCUGAAUGAAUGCAAUCCCAAAAUGGUUAAAGUUGUGAGCCUUCUGGUGAAGAGGACUCCGAGGAGUUCGGGCUACAGACCAGACUACAUUGGUUUUGAAGUACCGGAUGCCUUCCUGGUGGGGUACGCUCUGGACUACAAUGAAUACUUCAGAGAUCUCAGUCACAUCUGUAUACUGAACGAUCAAGCCAAGGAGAAGUACAAAGUAUGAGUUCAAAGUGUUGCAGAUGUGACUCCCUGAAGACUUGGACCACUGUGAUGGACCCUGCUUAGCUUUAUUGUGUUCUUGAAUCUUAUUUAUUUAUUUUUAUAUAUAUAUAUAUGACAAUCCACAAAACGUAUGACCUGUGGUAUGUUAUGGACCUUAAGAACAUUUCUUUUCAUCCUUAUUAAAAAGUGGGAUUAAUUAUGUAUAUUAGAUAUAUUUUUGUUGUUGAAUUUUAUUUAUUUCCCAUAUUUAUGUUUAUAGACUUUAGCUGUAAAGCUGUGAAGUUGUUUUAGACACUGAGAGAAAAAAAUGUCUAAUUUAUUCUGGUUUAUUAAUCGGGUCUCGUCGUAUACUUGAGCUGAGUGUUAUGCUUUCGAUUCUAAAUGCUGAAAAAACUCAUUGUUCUAUAAAUUUGUUUGUAAUACAAUAUAUGCUUUAUUUAAUGUAUUUCAUGUUUUCAUUAAGGAACAGUUUACAGCAAUACAAGUCCCAUUAAAACCAUGAAUCCUUCA